GAUGAGCUGUGAGCAUCUGCAGUGCGCGUCGUGUGUUGUGUUGUGUAUAGUGUUGUUGCAAAUAAUUUUCAACUAAAUGUUUGCUGCUUGGCCUAUUAUUCAUAGCCACGAAAAUGUUUACGCAUAACACUUAAAGUCAAUCUAUACACGUUGUAAUUCCUUGUUAAAUAUAAAUGAAAAAGGCCCCUGCCUUUCAACAGAAUAAACGUCGUUUUGUUGCGACGAUAUAGCUGUGUUGCUCGUAGAGCGGGAACCGUUGAAUAUUACACAAUGGCAGAUUUUGACGCGAUUUAUGAAGAAGAAGAAGAAAAUGAACAAAAUUUGGAAGAACAUUACGUGACUAUGGUGCCAGAUCCUAUAGUUAUUCGAGGAGCCGGUAACAUGACUGUAUUUGGACUUAGUAACCGUUUUGAAUCAGAAUUUCCAAAUGGCCUGGUGUCACGUGUUGCUCCAGAAGAAUUUAAAGCAACUGUUAUGAGAAUAAACAGUGUGCUAAAAAAAACAUUACCUGUUAAUGUUAAGUGGUUAUUCUGUGGUUGUGUUUGCUGCUGCUGUACAUUAGGAUGUUCUCUUUGGCCUGUUAUUUGUUUGAGUAAAAGGACACAACAUUCAUUGAACAAAUUAUUAGAAUGGGAAAACAGUAGGCUGUAUCACAAACUUGGAUUACAUUGGAGACUGGCAAAACAAAGAUGUGAUACUUCGUCCAUGAUGGAAUAUGUUCUUUUAAUUGAAUUUAUUCCAAAAAUACCCAUAUAUAAACCUGACUAA